GUGAAGAGAAGUGGGUGGGUCAAGGAAUAACUACAGGUGGAUUGACAGGGCAGGAGAUGAGCAAGGCCGGGAGGAAGCAAUGGCCGCAUUGGUGACUACCUUCGGCCAAAGAAAACAGUUGUUAGGCUGUUUCUAAGUGACUUGAGAGUCUAGUGAAGACCUGAGGAAUAGUAAGAUAGUUCCUUGCAGCACCUUGAGGUCGAGCUGUCGGCUGGAGCUUCCGGGUUCCUCUGCCUUCACAGAGAGAUUGGGGUGGUCUUGGGGCAGGAAGCAGAAGGCUCCGGAGACCAUGGCAAGUUACACCCGCUAGGUCUCUGAGGAGGAAGCUGUCAGUUUCAUGAGAGGAGCCACAGAAACCUGGGCUCUGGCAAGGUGACAGGGAAAGAGUAACUGCCGCCUGGGUGAACAGCCUGACAGACUGAGUAGAGCUGCGGACCUGUGACCUCUGCAUCGAGCUAACCAUGGCACAGUUUGGCUCUGGCCACCAGCCCCUUAGGUGAGGACUCCAUCCAGGGCCCACUGCCCACUCCAUAACAUGGAGGCUGAGAGGACUCUUCCAGCCAGGGGAGCUGCCCUUUGAAAACCUUGGUCCCGUCCUGCUGGUUCUCCCUGCCAGCCACCUUCGAGAGAGGCUCCUGUUCCUGCUGGCCCGCGGAUGGGGAGGUGGGCCCUGGACGUCGCCUUUGUGUGGAAGGCAGCACUGACCCUGGGCCUGGUCCUUUUAUACUACUGCUUCUCCAUAGGCAUCACGUUCUACAACAAAUGGCUCACAAAGAGCUUCCACUUUCCACUCUUCAUGACCAUGCUGCACCUGGCUGUGAUCUUUCUCUUCUCCGCCCUGUCCAGGGCACUGGUGCAGUGCUCCAGCCGCAGGGCCCGGGUGGUGCUCAGCUGGACUGACUACCUCAGAAGAGUGGCCCCCACAGCACUGGCUACAGCACUGGACGUGGGCCUGUCCAACUGGAGCUUCCUCUACAUCACUGUGUCGCUGUAUACAAUGACCAAAUCCUCUGCUGUGCUCUUUAUCCUGAUCUUCUCUCUGAUCUUCAAGCUGGAAGAGCUGCGUGCAGCCUUGGUCCUGGUGGUCCUGCUCAUUGCCGGGGGCCUCUUCAUGUUUACCUAUAAGUCCACACAGUUCAACGUGGAGGGUUUUGCCUUGGUGCUGGGGGCUUCAUUCAUUGGUGGCAUCCGCUGGACCCUUACACAAAUACUUCUGCAGAAAGCCGAUCUUGGCCUCCAGAAUCCCAUUGACACCAUGUUCCACCUGCAGCCACUCAUGUUUCUGGGACUCUUCCCUCUCUUUGCCAUAUUCGAAGGUCUCCACUUGUCCACCUCCGAGAAGAUCUUCCGCUUCCAGGAUACAGGACUGCUCCUUCGGGUGCUUGGGAGCCUCCUCCUUGGCGGGAUUCUGGCCUUUGGCUUGGGCUUCUCUGAGUUCCUCUUGGUGUCCAGAACGUCCAGCCUUACACUCUCCAUUGCUGGCAUUUUUAAGGAAGUCUGCACCCUGCUGUUGGCAGCUCACUUGCUGGGUGACCAGAUCAGCCUCCUGAACUGGCUAGGCUUUGCCCUCUGCCUCUCUGGCAUCUCCCUGCAUGUGGCCCUCAAGGCCCUCCAUUCCAGAGGUGAUGGUGGCACCAAGCCCCUGAAGGGCCAGGGCUCCAGCGCUGACCUGGAGCUGCUGCUCCGGAGCGGCCAUCAGGAGGACGAGGACGGUGAAGAGGAGUAUUUUGUGACCCAGGGGCAACAGUGACCAGCCCAGGAGCAGCAGAAGCAGGCCACUCUGCAGUCCGGCACGGCUGGCAAAUCUUGGCCAGGUCCAGGGGCCCGGCUACCUCCUCAGAGCAGCUGCAAGUGGAGGCCUCAGAGCUACUAGGAAGAGUUCUGAGGCUCCUGCUCUUUCCUGCAGAGCUUGGUCCCAAAGAGUGAGUGCCAGGCUCACCCAGGACCUUGUUAGUGAAGGGAGCCAGCGGCCUCUCUCCACCGUUGCUCUGGUUCUGAGAGCUCAGGUUCGGACUGUGGGGCAUCUGGGAAGGAGUCAUGGAGAGGCUGGGCCUCAUCACCUGGACAGCAGCUUCCUCAGAGAGUAGAUUUAUUUAUAGUUGAAAUAAUGAUUUCCUUCUCUGCAGCCCAGUGUUGCCUGAGGCAUGAAAGCAAGAAGAGCCCUGGGGUCUGGCCUCUCCUCCGGUCCCUGCCUGGGGCCUUGUCCUCUGCCCUGCCUUCUGUAGCUCAUGCCCCUGUUUGCGCCCCAGGCCCCAUCCUUGGGGCCACACCGUGGACCCACCGCAGGAAAUAAAUGAGUGUUUGCUCAGUACCAUCCUCUGCAGACCACCAGUUCCACAGCUCGCAUUUGCCUUCUGG